CUUGGGGCUCUCUGGCACUACACCUUCUGUCUGUACUGUCCGACGUCUUCCUCGCCUCGCGCACCUCUAGGCCCUCUGCAGAGCUCGCACUGAAGUCCCUCCGCGCUUGCAAUGCUUCAAUCGCUUGCGACCGCCACAUGUCUGGCAGCCCUGCUCACCAGCGUGCUGCCCAUCGCUGCUGAGCCGUUGGAGGUCAGAGCAGACGACUUCACGUCUGUCUGCAAGGAGAUUAGUAGCGCCAUCUCCUCCGCGUCCGCAGUUCACUGGCCUGGACUGGACCUCGCGUACUUCACGGACAUCGGUCACUGGGCGACGUCCAGCACUGCCCAGUCCGCGUGCUCUGUCGAGCCAGGUACCACAGACGAUGUGGCAGCUAUCCUUCAAAUUCUCGCGAAGAAUAAGACCCCCUUUGCUGUCAAGGGCGCGGGCCAUGCCUCGAACCCCGGCUUCUCGUCGACGGCCGGUGUGCAGAUUGCCAUGUACCGCUUCAGCGGGGUCACGUACCAUCCGGAGGCGAACGUCGCCGAAGUGGGCGCGGGGCUGAUCUGGGAUGACGUUUACUCAUCCUUGGAGCCGUUUGCCGUGAACGUGGUGGGAGGACGCGUCUCCGGCGUUGGUGUGGCGGGCUUCACUCUUGGCGGAGGGUACUCGUGGAAGACGAACCAGCACGGUCUCACGAUCGACAAUCUGACCGGUUUCGAGCUAGUCCUUCCCAAUGGAACGGUCACGACUGUUACGCAGAACACCUACCCCGACCUCUUUUUCGGGUUGAAGGGUGGCUUCAACAACUUCGGUAUUGUCACCAAGUUCAAUCUCACUACUUACCCCCAAACAGAGGUCUGGGGCGGCCUAAUUACCAUCACGGAGGACCAGCUUGACAAAGUGAACGCCGCUACUGUCAAGUUCUCGCAGUCGGUGACGGACCCGAAAGCUCAGAUCCUUCCCACGUACAACUUCCUCCUUGGACAGCCGGGCAUCUCGCUCAUCCUGUUCUACGACUUCCCGACUCCUCCGGCUGGCAUUUUCGAUGACUUCCUGGCGAUCCCCCAUUUCACCAGUGAUGUGAAGACUCGCCCCUUCCUGGAUCUCGUCAAGGCAGCGCCCGCCAAUGCUACCGGCGGUCAGCGGGCGAUCUUCCACACCGUGUCCCUGCUGGAGUAUACUGACAACAUCAUGGCCGCUGUUGUGAAUGAGACCAAGUUCUGGGGCCAGCGCCUCUCGCUCCAGACCGGCAACUUCAUCAGCUACGAUGUCGAGCCCUUCCUGCCCUCCAUCUUCUCGCACUCGGCCGAGGGCUCCUCCGCGUUCCCGCCCUCGCGCGCGAAGGGCCUCCUCCCGCUAAACAUCUACUACGCAUGGGGCCUCGACCUCGCUGAUGACGCUAUGCACGAUGCGGCUCGCCAGAGCGCGGCGCACCUUACGCAGGUCGUGCUCGCGGAGGGCCAAGACGUCGCGGACGCCGCGCUAUACGGCAACUACGCGAUCUUCGACACGCCGCUCGAGCGCAUCUACGGCGGGAACCUUGCGCGUCUCCAGGCGCUUAAGGCACAAUACGACCCGGAGAACGUUAUGGGCCUCGCCGGCGGCUGGAAGUUCUGACGGGCGGGUGAAUGAGAUGAUGCACCGUGCGCGCGGUUCAUCGGGCUUUCAGGUUUGCUGUGGACUAUCUGGAUCUUCUGCUCUCUUUCACGUUCAGCUCUGUUCUUUCCUUCGAAAUCGCUCAUUUGUUUUAUCCUAGGUGUGCGUUGCAUUCUGAUCCCUACGGUACGAAUCUAAUCGCUUUAUGGCCCUGAGCAUGUGGGAGCGCUCGUACGGAGAUGUCUCCUUGGGCACUGCUAUUGCCGUCGGAGCCGCAUGGUGGCUGUUCCUGGCGUCUCUGGGCGUCUUCCGUUGGCAGCGUGUUCGUCUCCCGCCGGCGGGACCGCCGCACCUAGAAGCCAAAACCACAUAUGGAAGCGCUAUGGCCUUCAGCCGCAUGCCUCGCCUCGCAUGGAUGUCCGGUGUCCAUGAGGUCAUCAACUGCCGGUUAACCGUUCCAUUCCGGUCAAUGGGUGGGGAAGUCCGGCUGCAGACAGUCACCA